CCCCCCUUUCCCCUUUCCUUUCCCCUUAAUUCAUGCCCCCUUCCAAUUUCCUUAUCUAUAAAGAAAAAGAAAAUACCAUCCCAAUUCCCACAACAACGAAACAAAUCAUCCCAAAAAUCCUCUGUUUCGGAGAAAUGGAAGCGAAGAUCGGAUUCGAGAGUGGCCUGAAUCUUGAAGCGACGGAGCUCCGGCUGGGCCUGCCGGGAUCAAUCGCGGACGAGAGACGCGAUUCUGGGGAGAAUUCUUCUGGGGUCAGAACCAAUAAGCGGAAUUUUCAGAACGACUCUGCUCCGCCGCCCAAAGCUCAGGUAGUGGGGUGGCCGCCGAUUAGAUCUUUCCGGAAAAACACUCUUCAGGCGAAGAAGACGGAGGCGGCGGCGACGGCGGAGGGCGGCGGGAGUUUUGUGAAAGUGAGCAUGGAUGGAGCUCCUUAUUUGAGGAAAAUCGAUUUGGGGGUUUACAAGGGCUACCCGGAACUUCUCAAGGCCUUGGAGGACAUGUUCAAGUUCACCAUCGGUCAGUACUCUGAGAGGGAAGGCUAUAAGGGGUCUGAAUUUGCCCCAACUUAUGAAGACAAAGAUGGAGAUUGGAUGCUGGUUGGCGAUGUUCCAUGGCAAAUGUUCAUUUUGUCGUGCAAGAGGUUGAGAAUCAUGAGAGGAUCAGACGUCGGGGGAUUGAGCUGUGGCGUUUGAGAGACUGUAAUCACAACGAAGAUUUGAGAAGAUGGAAAAGAUUUUCUCGAGAAAAUGCAGAUUUUCUGUUUGGGGUCUCGGAAAAGAAAAUCUCUGCGACGGGAUCUCUGAUCCGUCGGAAAAAACGUCCGGUGACGGAAAUCAGGAGAAGUCGAAGAAAAGUCUGGCCGUAGUAAAUACUUUCUUUUUUUUUUUUUUCCCUUUUAUGGUUACUGAAGUUUGACAGAAAUAUAAUAUCCGAUGAAAAUGAAACUUCAUCAAUUUUUUUUUUCUGGUAAAGUUUUGGAUUUAUGUAACACGUAGGGUGUGUGGAUGAUAUAUUAAGAUUACUUCUUUUUUUU